UGUGUGCCAUUGUGUUUGUGUGUGUUCCUGAAGUGACAGCGAAAAUUUUUUUACACGGUUGGACCAGUGGAACGUCCGUAAAAAUUUUUCGUUGUUGAAUUAAAUAAUUUUUGUGUAUUUUUUAGAAAAUCAAAUAAACGAAAAUGAUUAACGCCGUGUCGCGUGCUUAUUUACGUGCCAGCACACAAGCUGUACCCAAUGGUUUGAAACCUGCCGUCCUCAGUGCGGCUCAGGGUAAGAAAGUUGUGGUGCCCACCAACACGGAUAAAAAUGCUCCUUGCGGCAAUACCAAAGCUGUGACAGGAUUACAAACCCUUCAACAAGUUCGUUUGGCCCACACUGAUUUGCAGGCCCCUGAUUUCUCACCCUACCGUCGUGAGUCGGUCCAAACUGCCAGCCGUAAAAACACCAAUUCCGAAGAACGCAAGGCCUUCUCUUACAUGUUGGUAGGUGCUGGUGCUGUCGGUGGUGCUUAUGCCGCUAAGGGUUUAGUUACUGCUUUCGUCAGCUCCAUGAGCGCUACUGCUGAUGUUUUGGCUAUGGCCAAGAUUGAAAUCAAAUUGGCUGAUAUUCCCGAAGGCAAGUCAGUCACCUUCAAAUGGCGUGGUAAGCCAUUGUUCAUUCGCCAUCGUACCGCUGGUGAAAUCAGCACCGAACGUAAUGUACCCACUGCUACAUUGCGUGAUCCUGAAGCUGAUGAUCAACGUGUUAUUAAGCCUGAAUGGUUAGUUGUCAUUGGUGUCUGCACACAUUUGGGUUGUGUACCAAUUGCCAAUGCUGGUGAUUUCGGUGGCUACUAUUGCCCAUGCCACGGUUCUCACUACGAUGCUUCCGGUCGUAUCCGUAAAGGUCCCGCUCCCUUGAACUUGGAAGUACCAACCCACAGCUUCCCCGAUGAGGGUACAUUGGUUGUAGGUUAAAACCUUAAAACGAUCCUUAAACCAAGGCUAAUCUAUUACUAUCUAACCCAACCAAUAGUGUUUAAUUAUUAUAAUGUAUUGUCAAGCUUAAACACAAAAAAAUCUAGUAAAAUCUUUAAAAUUGGUUAAAUAACAAAAAUUACAAAUAACUUACUAAGUUAUUUUAGUUAAAAAGAAAAACAAAAACCAAAUAAAAAAACGUAAAAAGAAUUACUCGACAAAUUGUGAUCGAAAUAUAACAAACACAAUUUUUUUUUUUAUUAAAUGUUAUUUAAGAAGUUGUAGAGUUGUUGGUUUUCAGAAUAAUCUAACACGUUUAUUGUUUAUGAGCAAAUUUUUGAUUUUUGUCUUCAUCACCAUAAUAAAGAUCAGUUUUGAAUUCUACAAA